GGAGCGGGAAGGCCGCCAUUGUGGGCGAGAGCUGCUGACACCGGUGGGGCCCACCACGCCGUCCAACCGCCUGUGGAGACCCGGGAUCGGCGAUUGAUCCGGGAUUGAGCCGUGAUCGAUUGAUUGAUCGGUGAUUGAUCGCAACCACCUCCAAGAUGUCCAUCGGAGUACCAAUUAAAGUCCUCCAUGAGGCGGAGGGUCACAUCGUUACGUGUGAAACGAACACCGGUGAAGUGUACAGGGGCAAGCUCAUCGAAGCCGAGGAUAAUAUGAAUUGCCAGAUGUCGAACAUAACUGUAACGUAUAGAGAUGGUCGAGUAGCGCAGUUGGAGCAAGUCUAUAUCAGAGGCAGCAAGAUCCGAUUCCUCAUCCUGCCAGACAUGUUAAAAAAUGCUCCCAUGUUGAAGAGUAUGAAAAAUAAGAAUCAAGGCUCGGGAGCUGGGCGAGGGAAAGCGGCGAUUCUCAAAGCCCAAGUUGCAGCAAGGGGAAGAGGGCGCGGCAUGGGACGCGGAAAUAUUUUCCAGAAACGAAGAUAAUGGAUUGUCGGUCGGAACAUUUUUCUCUCAUAGGAUUUUUGUCUGUUUCAUUUGAUGACCUCUUUCUCUUAGGUGAACAGUACUUUUAAAUAAAUUUGUUUUUGAGAAAAUGAG